GACAGCGAGUGGGAGGCAAGCAUUGUGUGGGGAAACAGAAUGAACGGGCUGUUAUUUUAGGCUAGGACAAUAAUUUACUUGUUUUAUAUUUCCUUCUAUAUACAUGUAAAGUGAUAUUUUACGGGUUUGGUACUGAGAAAGGUUUACAUCUCUAUGGCAACAUCGACAUAUCAAAUUAGCAUCACCUCCGCAAGGAAAUAACGGGCAGGGCUGUUGCUGCCGCUGCUGCCACUGGUAUAUUUAUUUAUUUUCCCUCAUGCGUCCUACAACGUUGUGGGAAACGCGAUCGAGUCAGGGAGCAAUAUCUGAUUUAUUAUGGAUUAAGGAUCGUGUGAGCUGCAUGUGAAAUAAAGGCUUCCAAUGCUGAAUAUGUCCACUCCCAAUGACCUCAAGUCUCCCUGUGUGACUCGGAACGGCAUGGUCAAGCUCCCCCCCCAGCCCAAUGGCCUCGGUUCGGCCAGCAUUACUAAAGGCACUCCAGCUGCCAAGAAUCGCCUGUGCCAGUCAUCCUCCGUACCCACCAUAUUGCCUCCCCCUAGCCUGCCCUAUCACCUAGAGCCCCUGCCCACAGCGGCCUCACUGCUGGGCCCCGACCUGGACACAAGCCCCGUGACUGCCAUCAAACCUCCCCUCCGGCAAUUUCCCAAGCCCCUGCUGGAGAGACAACUGGUGCUGGAUGAGAAGGUGCUGAACCGACUCUUAUGGUACUUCACCACGGCAGAAAAGUGCAUUCUGGCACAGGUGUGCAAGACAUGGCGGAAAGUGCUCUACCAGCCCAUGUUCUGGGAAGGUGUGACGCCCAUUCUACAUGCCAAGGAACUCUACACUAUCCUGCCCAAUGGGGAGAAGGAGUUUGUCAGCCUGCAGGCUUUUGCUCUCAGAGGCUUCCAGUCCUUCUGUCUGGUGGGGGUCUCGGAUUUGGACAUUUGUGAGUUCAUUGACAACUAUCCAUUGUCGAAGAAGGGAGUCAAGUCUGUCAGUCUAAAGAGGUCGACUAUAACAGAUGCGGGACUUGAGGUGAUGCUGGAACAGAUGCAGGGUCUGAUGCACCUUGAACUCUCCGGCUGCAAUGAUUUCACAGAAGCCGGCCUGUGGUCCAGCCUGAAUGCGCGGCUUACCUCUCUCAGUGUCAGCGACUGCAUCAAUGUGGCAGACGAUGCCAUCGCCGCCAUUUCUCAGCUCCUUCCCAACCUAUCAGAGCUCAACCUGCAGGCUUAUCAUGUGACCGACACAGCCAUGGCCUACUUCACCGCCAAGCAAGGCUACACCACCCACACGCUGCGUCUGAACUCCUGCUGGGAGAUCACCAACCAUGGCGUAGUUAACAUGGUGCACAGCCUGCCAAACCUCACCUCCCUCAGCCUGUCAGGCUGCUCAAAGAUCACCGACGAUGGUGUGGAGUUGGUUGCAGAGAAUCUGAGGAAGCUCCGGAGUCUGGAUCUGUCCUGGUGCCCCCGCAUCACUGACAUGGCCCUGGAGUAUAUCGCCUGUGACCUACACAAGCUGGAGGAGCUGGUUCUGGACCGGUGUGUGCGGAUCACAGAUACAGGCCUGGGUUACUUAUCUACCAUGUCAACUCUGAGAAGCCUCUACCUGCGCUGGUGCUGUCAGGUGCAAGACUUUGGGUUACAGCAUCUAUAUGGCAUGAGGAGUCUUCGUCUUCUCUCUCUAGCAGGGUGCCCUCUGCUGACCACUACUGGCCUAUCAGGCCUGAUCCAACUGCAGGAGCUAGAGGAGCUGGAACUGACCAACUGCCCGGGCGCCACAGCUGAACUCUUCAAAUACUACUCCCAGCAUGUGCCGCGCUGCAUGGUCAUCGAGUAGAGCAAAGUGUUUCAUGGGCACCAGCACCCACCACAUCACCAAAACCUCCUCCUACAGACUGAUGAUAAACCCAACUUCAUCCUGGACCCACAGGAAGAAUAAACGAGAGAAACUGAAUGGGAGUUUGUUUUUGUUUUGUUUUUCUGGAGGGGUGAAUAGGUAUGAUUGACAUGGAAGAUAAAAAGGGAAAUCUGAAAGAAAAGGUCGGAACGGGCCUGGACUGACAAGCGAGAGGGAUCAUGUACAAAGCGCAGUGGGUCAGAGGCUAGAUCUUUCAUUAAAUAACAUGACACAUAGGAAUCAGCCCCCACACAUACAUGAAACAGGUUGAGACUAGCUUCCAUGUCUCAUUCAAAACCGUUUAUCUUGAAGUGACAAAGGUGUGUGCUGAUUGUUUGAGCUGUCUCUCAUAUAUCCAGGGAAACGUAGAGGAAACCGUAACGUUUAAGAGAACGAAUGAGGAAAAGGAGCCACUGCAACAGGGUCUCUUCACUUUUGUCCAGCAGCAUCCAGGUUUCUCACUUCCCUCAGAUGUGCUACCACUCCAUCUAUGUGUCUUAUCAAGGGGGAAAAAAA